CAAUGGGGUAGCGUGGCCGAGCGGUCUAAGGCGCUGGAUUAAGGCUCCAGUCUCCUCGGAGGCGUGGGUUCGAAUCCCACCGCUGCCAUAAACCUUUUGGUACAUUCAUACCUAAAGUACUCACCACAUAAUGAAUGAACUGGAAAAUGCAGGUAACUCCAAUGCAAAUAUGAACAAACAAGUGAAAGAGAUAAUAAUAAAACACUUGAUAGUGAUCUCGCUGUGCAUUAUGGGCACGGGCUCCUCCCCACGUGUCUGUGUGGAGCAGUCAACAUGGUACCGACACCUACAGAUUUCAGCUGAUACUACUCCUCUACGCACCAGACUGCUGGACUCCUUCACACACGGAUGAGAUAGCUAAGAGUGUAGAGUGAAGUGUGCAGGUUGGAUCUCUGAGAUCUGCUGCUGCUGUUUCAUCUCCUCGUUCCUCCUCACAUCAAUAUGGCCAGCGGGGAUGACGAUGACCCCAUUAUAGAGGAGAUCGAUGUUUAUCUUGCCAAAAGCCUUGCAGAUAAGCUGUAUCUUUUCCAGUACCCCGUCCGACCGUCCACUAUGACCUACGAUGACGUCAACCACUUAUCAGCUAAGAUCAAACCCAAGCAGCAACGGGUGGAGUUGGAACUGGCCAUCAACGCGAUGAGUCCGAACUACUGUCGCAGUAAAGGAGAGCAGAUCGCUCUGAAUGUGGACGGCACGACUUACGACGAAACCAACACCUAUUCAGGGAAAAUGAUGGAUAAACAGUCCUUCACCUCCAUCCAGGCCACCACCAACACCUCCAGAUAUGCUGCUGCUGUGUUUCGUAAAGGUGAGCUCCACAUCACACCUCUGACGGGAAUCCUCCAGAUGAGGCCGAGCUUCUCUUACCUGGACAAGGCCGACACCAAAACCAGAGAGAGGGAGGCGGCCAAUGAAGGAGAUUCCUCCCAGGAUGAAGCAGAGGAGGACGUCAAGGCCAUCACGGUGAGGUUUGCUCGUCCCGAGUCGGAGCAGGCGCGACAGAGGAGGCUCCAGUCGUACGACUUCCUCCAGAAGAAGCAGGCGGAGGAGCCCUGGGUUCACUUGCACUACCACGGUGUCAAGGAUGGGCGCUCAGACCAUGAGAGGCAGUACCUGUUCUGUCAGUCUGGGGACGCCUCCGAGAACUCUGAACUGGUCAAAACUCCUAAGGAGUACCUGGCAAUGCUGAUGCCCCCUCUUGCAGAGGAAAAAGUUGUGAAACCAGUUGGUCCCAGUAAUGUGCUCUCCAUGGCUCAACUCCGCACUCUGCCGCUGGGAGAGCAAGUCAAGACGCUGAUGAAGAACGUCAAGUUGAUGCCGUUUGCUAACCUGAUGGGGCUGCUCGCCUCUGGCACAGACUCCACCGCAGCGCUGCGCUGCAUCCAGCAGGUGGCGCUGCUGGUUCAGGGCAACUGGGUUGUCAAGAGUGAUGUUCUGUAUCCUAAAAACACCUGCAGUCCUCACAGUGGCGUCCCCGCCGAAGUGCUCUGUCGUGGCCGUGACUUUGUGAUGUGGAGGUUCACUCUGGAGCGCUCUGUGAUGAGAAAGGAGAUCGCAUCCAUCAUCAAACUUCCUCCAGAGGAUGUGAAGGAGUUCCUGGAACAUGUCGCCGUUCCUCGAGUCAACCGGGGCUGGGAGUUCCUGCUGCCUACCGAUGCGGAAUUCGUCAAGAAACACCCAGACAUUGGCCACAGGCAACACAUGCUGUGGCUCGGCAUCCAGAGCAAGUUGGAAAAGGUCUUUAACUUCUCCAAAGAAGACUUCAGGCCAAAGAAUUCCCCGCAGCCUGAGCCUGUGCACGUCAGCGGGGAGCAGCGUCUGAAGGUAGCUCACGAGCGCGCUCAAGGAAACCAGUCGUCCCUCCAGAAGGACCUGGAUGCCAGGCGGGCAGGAGACGGCGUCCACGUCAAGCAGGAACCCAUCGAAGAACCGAUGGACACCUCCUCCUCCGUCCCCAACGGGUCGGUCAACGGUUACCCCAGUGCCACCUCCCCCGCCUUCGAUCACACCAACGGUGAUGGCGGGAACGCGCCGGCCCAGGAGCUGCAGGACUUUGUGAUCAAGACUUUCAGGAAGCAUUUUGUACUGACGCUGAGUGAGUUCAAGAGGCUGUUGAGCCUCCACCUGGCCUCCAUGCCGGUGGGACGGAGCGUCUUCCCCUCCAUCUCGGACCACAUGCUACAGGACGCCAUACUGCUCUGCCAGUGCAAACAGAUAAUGGUGCCUUUUCCUGCUCAGACCACAGCAGCCACCGAUGAAAAGAAGGUGUUUGCUUUGUGGGAGACUGGAGAUGAAUCCGACAAGCAUCGUCAGGUGCUGUACGAGCUGUACAAGAAGAACUACCGCAUCAGGAGGAACGUGAUACAAGUGAAACUGACCCAGGAGUUUGGAGACUUUCCGAAGGCGGACGUUGACCGUCUACUCCAUGAGUGCUGCAUCAGCCAUGCAGGGAUGUGGUACCUAAAGGGAACCAUACAGUCCUGACACUGACGGCACCCCCCCCACACAGACACACACACACACACACACACACACACACACACACACACACACACACCCCCUCCUCAUCGACAGCCAAUCAAAUCCUCUCCCGGGUGUCUAGUGGGAGGGCAUCCGUAGAGACGAGAGCCAAUCGCAGCUCGCCCCCCACUCUGAGGGCGGGCGAUUGGAGGACAAAAGAUGUCGGCGGUCUGCUCAGAACAUGGAACACUGAAGCAUGUCUGACAUUAACACAAGCACUCUGAUGCAGCGCGGAGGACAGAAGCUCCUCACACACUCUCACUACGACCUGGAGUGUCUGACGGGUAAAAUAUGAACGAAGAAAUAGCAAGAUUAUAUAUACGGUUUAAAAGUAGUUUUGGAUUUUUUUUUGUUUGGACCUCAUGUUUGAUUAUUUUUUUUUUUUUAAAUAAACAUUUACCAGAUCAGGAUGGCGUUCACUGUUUAAAGCAACGUGGCUCAAAGUGCUUUCAUUUCACUCCUGAGUUCUGCAUUCAGCCGGAGGAAACAAGUGUUGCUUCAUCGUAUCAACAAAGCGAACAUUGUUUAAGAAAGCCAUUAACUUAACACACCGUCUUUGACCCGACUCGUUUCGGUUAUUAACUCCACCCUCAAUACACGCCAUGAAAGAGUUAAACUUUAUGAUUAAAUGCAACGGUUGCUUAAUUACAACGCGUGGAGGCAAAACUGAAACCUAAAGGUGAAAAAAAAAACAAGCAACAAGUCCCUGAUGACAUUACGCUCACGCUGUACAACUGAAAUCACUGAAUAUGUUUUGGCAAUCAUGGACCUGGAAACAUGGCCACAUGUGGCUUCUCCCACAUCUCCGCAUCAUUCAGUGGAAUGCACUGAGAUGUACGGCUGGAGGAAGGAGCGGAUUAAAUGGCUGAUGAGGUUUGUUUCUGGUUGAAUGUACAGUUUGAAAUGGUUUUCCUUUGAGAGAGGCUGAUUUCAAUGACGGCCAAUAAAGAUGCAAUGGUGAAUAUGGUUUUUUUUUUGUCAUAUUUUGAUCAUCAAAUUUGUCUGGGUUUAAUUGAAUUUGUACCAACAAAGAGGAACGGACACAAACACUGGACCAACAUCUGUGCUGCUAUCUUGAGCCUCCGUCUAAAAGUGCCUCACAAGACAAACUCCCACUCACUCACACACACUCGCAGACUAUGAGGAGCAAUAAAGCUUUGAUUCUCUUUGAAAUACUUUAAAAUGUAACAGUGCAUCGUCAAACAAUGACGGGUGUAUUUCUUUUGCAUUGGUUUGUGUUGCUCAAUAAACAUUGUUAAUAACUUG